AUGCGGUACGCCGGGGAUGUUUACGACGACGGGGAUAAGGCCGCAGACACAGACCCGUCGGAUUUGGACUCGGCGGAUGAUGACCAAUUGAAUCGUAUCCUGAGUAGAAACGUACGUCCCCACCCCAGAGUCAAGAUGGCGAGGUUGCUACACAAGUCAGCAAGUUUUUGCUGUUUCGCAUGACAAGUUUAUUGGACUCGUCGAGCAGUGCUGUUUCAGGUAGUGCAGAUGCAUCACCAAUUGCCUACCCUAUCCUGAUUUCAGCAUCACAAACUUCCACGAUAACAUUAGAAGAUGGUCCUCAAGUUGUAGGGGCCUGCGCAUGAGAAACAUUUUAGGUCGUGUGCCACUUUGCAUGACAACUUCUCUGGCGUGGGGGCAUUUUUACUUAGGAUACAUCGUGACUCCGAUUCCCUAGUGUCCUUCGACGAGGACAAGGAGAAAGCGAAAUUGGACGAGGUAUCACAAGGAAAAAUGCCCCCGCCCCAUAACAAAACGGAAAUCUGUGAUGCAGAUUUGUGGCCACAAAUCAGCUUUGUCAUGCCAGAAGGGAAAAGAUGCGGACUGUAGUGCUGGGCUGCGUGGGAAAGCCUUGCAUCUUCAGCAUGAGAGGAGGCAGCUGGAAGUGAAAAACAGCAUGACAAAUUGCCUGCAAACGAGGCCACAACUGCGGCUCUUGGCCUUCUAGCAAGACAAGGCGACUUGUCUACUCAAAUGCAGCAUCACGACAAACGUCGUCUUCGAUUUGGGGAGCGGGGAUUUUUCCUUUUGAUACGAGGAGAAAGAACUCUUAUCCGAAAACGAAUUUGACAAAAGGACCAAGGAAAUCGAGGAUAGAAGAAAUAAGUUCGAGCAUAAAGUUCGAGCAUAAGGUCGUCUUUUCGUGUCUUCGUCCACUGACGGUACGUAGAGGAAAAAACAAAAAGGCAGCGGGCGGCAGUAGUCGUCCCAGCGAGGCUGAGGACAUACGACGACAAAGAAGUUGCAACCUCUGGAAGCUUCAAGUACCUGGGAACAACAGUAGCGAACAACGCAAGCACGACAAAAGAAGUGGAAAGGCGCACAGGGAUAGCAAAAGCAACGGCGGAGCAACUGCGAAGAGUGUGGAGAGACAAAGCGACCCCGGAAGAACUAAAG